AUGACGUCGAGCUUCACCGUGGAAGGCACAAAAGCUCUAAAUAUGAGCGUGACAGCAUCUCCUAAUGCUCCACAGACCCAAAAACCGGGCACACCUCCAGAGAAAACGAAUCUAAAAUUUGAAGUGCUUCUUGCAAUAAUUGUAGCUGGCAUUGCAGUUAUAGUAGUUGUCGCACUUAUAUGGAGCUGCGUGAUAACACGGAGGAAACGGAAACAAAAAUUAAAACUUAUGGAAGAAAUAGAAAGAGAAGAUGAGGAAAGAAGGAAGAAGAAGAAGAAGAAAAGGAAACGAAAGAGAAUGACAAGAGGAGUCAAACCAGUAAUACCCCUUAAGCCAAGUCAAGAGCUAAAGAAAGCAUUGAAUGAAUUUCUGGAACUGCAAACACAAACUAUUGGUUCCGUGAUGGACGAGGAUGUGGGCGCAUCGAAAAAAGGAAGUCAAGCAAGCGCUAGAAUUAAAGCUGCUGGUUCGCCCGAAGAAGACACCGAAAAAAAUGAGACUUCCAAAGAGGUGAAGACCAACGAGCGUGAAAAUGACAGCUAA